AUGUCACUGCAAGUAAACGACCCACGGGCGCGAACCCGUUCCAAAUCUCGCGAACGCUCCCGCUCUCGCGACAGCCGCCAACCCUCCCCCUCGCCCUCGGCCUCCCGCAUUCGCGACAGAUCCCCCGCUGUCGAGAUCGCCCCGACCCCAUCUUCCUCUUCUAGAGGCAGAGACAGGGAUCGAAGCAGAGGCAGGACAUACAGCUCAGACGAAGAAGCUGAGAUUGAAAGGCAGUAUAAACUCAUCAGUGAGCGUCGCCAGCGCGAGGGUAAGGGUGCCGAGGACUCGCGCAAUGUCAUUUCUCGUGCGCCUAGGAGUCCCGCUCGCUUUGAUGUGAAUCGCGUUGGUUCGGAUGAGGAUUCGAAGCGGAGGGAGAGAGAGCGCGAGCGUGAUUCGGAGAAAUCUAGACGUCGCACUGAUGACCGCUAUGAACAUUCCGCUUCGGAAGAUGAUCUCCCUGCACCCCGCGAUCGCGAUCGCGAACGUGAAUAUACUUUGCGGUCGCAUUCCAGGCGGCCCUCGUCACCGCCUCGCACUAGCACCAGCAGACGCCAUGAGUCGGACGACGACUCCUCCAUCGACGACGAGCUUGCCUACGGCGAUGCACCAGGUAGCCACCCGAGCUAUGCGCGCCCGGGCAGAUUCAACUACGCGCAGCCAUCGCAAUUUUUACAUGCCCAACCAGGUGCGCCGCGCCAGUCCGUUCCUCAACCUGGCCCCAGUUACCCUGGCGCGGGCAUCGACUGGGCCGCCGUACCCGAAUGUGAACGCCCGGGUUUCGUGCCGCCUUCGUCACAAGCUGAUUCAUCAACUGCUAGUAUGCCCGGGGCUUUUCCUCCGGCUUCGACUUCGACAUAUGCGAAUGGAUCGGGCUCGACGCCUGCGCCUGUGCUUCCCAUGCCGCAUUAUGUGAAUCCCGCUGCGAGCAUAUACUCCACUUCGAGUGCUGGAUAUGCGCCGGCGCAGUAUACUACUGCUGCAGCUGCUACUGGGGAUGCGGCUUACCCGCCCACUUCGUCUGGGUAUGCUAAUCCCGGUCAGUACCAGUAUGCGCAGGUUGAUCCUCAUGUGCGGUAUAGUUCGAAGGCCGCACCUAAACCGAGUUAUACUGCGUCGGCGCAGGAGCAGUUCUCCAGGACUGGGCAAUCGCAGGCGCAAGCCACUCAGCAUGGGUAUCAGCCGCAGUCGCAUGUAGAGCAGUCGUACCGGUAUAGCAAGGAGCCGCAGUUUGUGGAAAUCACUCCUGGUGGGAGGUCUGCGACUCGUCCUCAUAGUGUCUCUGUUUCAUCGGCAAAUAAUCUUGCUGUUGCUGGGGCGGGUGUUGCUCAUGGAGCUCACCCUCCUGCUAGUCCAUUGCUGGAGCCGUAUCAUGGUACUUACCAGUCCAUUUCACCCAUGCCGUCCCCGAUUGUCGUGCCCUCCAUUCGCGAUGAAGACAUUUCCGACCUCGAGCCUCUAGACGGCGGAAACUCAGCCUCGGAUUCCGGUCGCCACAGAAGACAUCGAUCAAAGUCAUCGGUCAGUGAAACAGAUGCCCGCCAACGCAGUAGCAAAGAGAAGAAAGAAAAAGAGCGCGAAAAGGACCGCGACGAUCGCAAAGACGAUAAACGUCUCAUCCGCCCAAAAGCCGGCCACGACCGCCACGACUCCAGCUCCUCAAUCCCGGGCACCGAAAACAUGGUCUUAAUCUCCCCUACAAGCGGCCGCAAACGCGUCUCCUUCUACGACGCCGGUGCAGACGCCGCAGCAAUGCAGUCAGCCCUAAACCACACCCGAAACAUUGACAACAAACCAAUAAUUCAAAUUCUCCCCCGCCUAACCAGCGACGAAAUCCUCCUCCUCCGUCAAGAAUACAAAACACGCGUCCGCAUGCACGGAAAAGGAAUCAACCUCGCCAAGCACCUCCGCCUCAAACUAGGAACCUCCUCCUUUGGAAAGGUCGCCUACGCCACAGCCCUCGGCCGCUGGGAAUCAGAAGCCUACUGGGCAAACUGCUACUACCAAGCAGGGACAUCGCGCCGCGAACUCCUAAUCGAAUCACUAAUGGGCCGAUCAAACUCCGCAAUCCGCGAAAUCAAAUCCUGCUUCCGCGACUCCAGAUACGAGAAUAGCCUCGAGCGUUGUAUGCGCUCUGAACUGCGCGCUGAUAAAUUCCGCGUUGCCAUUCUGCUUGCGCUGGAGGGCCAGCGCCAGAGUGAUCGCGAACCACUUGAUUCGCGCUUGGUUAGGGAUGAUGUGCAGGAUUUGCAUCGUGCGCUUGUUAGCAGGGAUGGUGGGGAGACGGCUAUGAUUCAUAUUAUUGUCCUGCGGAGUGAUGAGCAUUUGCGUGAGGUGUUGCGCGUUUAUGAGGCAAAUUAUCGACAUAACUUUGCUAAGGCUAUGAUUGCUAAGUCGAGAAAUCUUGUCGGAGAAACACUCGCCCACAUCCUAAACGGCGCAAUCAACCGACCAAUGCGCGACGCCCUUCUCCUCCACCAAGCGCUCCGCGAAUCGCGCACUGGCCGUGAACGCUCUGAAUUACUCAUUUCCCGACUUGUUCGUCUGCAUUGGGAACCUAGACAUCUGGAGCAGGUUAAGAUUGAAUACCGGCGCAGAUAUAGUGAGCGGCUCGAGGAAGCGAUUGCUGAGGAGAUUCUUGCUUUGAAUGGCGGUCAGGAUUGGGGAGAGUUUUGUAUUGAGCUGGCGCGGAGUGUUUAA